AUGCCUCACCUGCUUUCACAACUCCUACGUCUGUGGUCGUUGCUGCGGUUCUUCAUACGGAGUCCCGUUUCAUGGUCUACACGGCGGUUGGCAAGGUUCUGGAUCUCCCUCAAGAGCCGGAUUUCGCAGACGUGGCAGCUGAAGCAUGGUCGUCGAUCCGGUCGUGAUAGCACACACGUUGAAGGAAUGACCGAAGAGCCGGGGAAGGGCGGUGAGGGCGGUGAAGAGGCGCAAUGUGUGGUCUACUCGAGCAAACUGCUGCUAUCGCGUCCAUCAAGCCCGCCGUCUCCUAUGGGCUUGCAUGUCGCAGACGAAGUGCCAGAUUAUAUUGUUCCUGUUCCUCGAGAAAUGGAUAUGUUGGCCAAACCUUGCUCUCAGUCAGUUCACUCUCAACCGACUCCAGAAUGUCAAGCGAAUAUUGCCUUGUCUUGCGACAAAGUUGUACUUCCUAUAAGAGAGAUAUAUCCGAUCUUGGAAGUUCAACGGGAUGAGGAAGAAUUUGAUCACCGAGUGGAUCUUCGAUCCAACUUGAUUAUACCACCUAUGCAAACCUCUUUCUCUCGGGAAGAUCUUCCAGACGGGUGGAAAUCUUUGAUACAUCCGACAGGUGCAUUGUAUUUUUACAAUCUGCCAAAGCGGAUCUAUACUACUGCUUAUCUCUAUGACCUCAAACUUCUGGCAGAAAUUAAUGAAUUUUUCGCUUUCGUCGAAGAUCAAAUUUGCCGCCAUCAUAUACAACUUCCUUGGAAUUGGGAGCUGGUUCUCGAACUUCAGAAUGAUCCCAACAGUCUUGAGAGAUUUCGCUGGUGCUAUUAUUUCGUUGAUCCUGAUAACCACACGCUAUUUUGGCUACAGGAAUGUAACAUGGCAGAGCAUGCUUGGUUCAAUGAAAGUGGAUCUGCCACUUCGCGCAUAAGAGAUAUCCUUGAACGGUUCUAUUGGUACUCUCAGUUGGAUUUCAUGAUUCAAGCUACUAAGCGUGUGCUAGAUCGUCACGGGACGCGAGCCGUCCGUCUAUCUAGGAACCGCAACACCGUUGAUAUGGCCCAUUCACCACAAUCUGUCCUGAUGCGUGUGUCAUGCAUUUUCUUAUUCUACGAACCCGGGCGGUAUCUACAACAUCUGGUUAAAAUCGUUCGUGACCCUACAUAUGUGACCGAGUCCUGGAUCGCUUUCGUGGAAAACCUACAAAAGGCUUGGGUUCUUUAUCUCAUCCUUGCGGCACUGCUAUUAAACGUGAAUGUUUCGUUCCUUACUAUUCGAGACGUGGAACCUGGUCCAGGGUGGUACACGCCGGCUCAGAUUACGAGCUUCAUCUCAUCAAUAGCAAGCAUUGCCAGCAUCGUCAUGGGUCUCUUUCUCAUGCGGCAGAAACACCUGUCAUCUGAAAUGGUACAUACCAUGCAUGAGGAUUGGGACUCAAGUGGCUCCGAACGCAAUGGUCGGACGGUCACAUCGGCAGAUCGAGAUUUGGAGAUACUUGCAACCCUCUACAGUCUUCCGUUCGCCUUCUUGGCUUGGGGAGUGGUAGCAUUCCUUAUAGCCUUCGCAUUGGAAUCUUUUUAUGAACAGGAUAUUUCAAUCAUCUUCAGUGCCGUUUUGUGGGGUUUCGUCAAAGCCCAGCCGGUAUUUAGCAGCGUUCCGUUGGGCAUGGGUAUCCCACAACGCUUUCGUGCUGUUCCAGCACAGACCACAUUCACGUAG